UUCAGACGAAAAAUUUUGUAUUUGUACCAUGAAAGCUAUAUUAUUAAACCUAUUUCACAGAUUUUCGAUUGAUUCCUUUGUUGAGUCAAAAUAAAUUCAUAAAAUAUGCCCUUUUUUUGCGCUCUAGACCAGCUUCCCCCCUUAAUUUUAAAUAUAUAUUUGUAAGAAUACUAAAAAUCUGCAACCAAACCAACCAAAUAUAUCGUGGUAGUAAUGGAAAGUUAAGCCAUAUUUUAAAUUAUGAAAUAAAUGUCAAGAAAACCGCGUUAAAUCUGAACUGUAUCAAAUAUUUCAGUGAUAGGGGCAUGUGUUUGAGCUCAUUACUUUUACACUCUUUUAGUCGUUCAGCGCGUUGCGUUGAAAAUAUCCCAAAAGUGACCACCAAAAUACAAUUUAUUGUAGCUAGAAUUUUUCGGAACAAUCAACCCAUAUUUACAUAUAAGUAAUUAAAACACAAACAUUUUAUGAGCACUGGAGCUAUGAAAUUUGAAAAUGCUUGCUGUACAACAAACCAACUCCACAAACACAUCGAAUGUUGAAUUGUCUUGUCAAAAUAUUGAAUUUUUAGCUAAAUAGUUUUUCGUAUUUGCUGCAAUAAUUUGGCCAUCACGCUAUACACACCCCAGCGCGCACAGAAGUUUCAAAUAUUUUGCAUACUUCUGUAGGCGAGUGGUGGAUUUAAGACGUUUUAAAUCUACGGCCUUACAAGAACCUAAAAAAUUGGAAGCCAUGCAAACGGGAGGCGGCGAACCUGCGCAAGCUCUAAAAACGUUGGAUUACGAAUCCAAUUACACUACUAGCAAUCCAAAUGCCAUCACGAAACAGAAACUGGAUGAAUGGCGUAAGAACUUCUACAGCGAACCGAAGAACAUUCUUGCACAGAAUGUCUGCUCGCGUGUGGACCCAUUUGAUGUUUGCCUGUCGCGCAAAUCGCUUGAACUCACCAAUCAUGUAUUUACUUAUAAGGUGGAAAGCGAGGGCAAACCCAUUACUAACCAAAAAAGUUCCGGCCGCUGUUGGCUGUUUGCUGCGCUCAACUGCAUACGCCUGCCAUUUAUGAAGCGUUUAAAUAUCGAUGAAUUUGAAUUUUCUCAGGGCUACCUAUUCUAUUGGGAUAAAAUUGAGCGUUGCAAUUAUUUUCUAAAUAAUAUUGUAAAGACGGCGAAGCGCGAUGAGGCGGUGGACGGACGUUUGGUGUCAUUUUUAUUGAAUGACCCAACUUCGGAUGGCGGCCAAUGGGAUAUGUUAGUUAAUUUAAUAACCAAACAUGGUUUAAUGCCAAAGAAAUGCUUCCCAGAGACAUACAGUUGUGAGGCGAGCAUGCGCAUGAAUGCCAUACUGAAAAGCAAGCUUCGUGAGUAUGCCAAAAUAUUGCGUGAACUUUUGGGAACUUCACCGCCCGAUGAGGUGGUUACUCAAAAAAUCGAUGAAAUGAUGGCCAGUAUUUAUAAGAUAGUUGGCAUCUGCUUGGGCAUUCCCUCCGAGCGUUUCACCUGGGAGUAUUAUGACAAAUCCAAAGCUUAUAAUUCAAUUGGACCCGUAACGCCGUUGGAGUUCUAUGAAAAUAAUGUAAAACCAAUAUUCAAUGUUGAAAAUAAGGUAUGUUUAGUGAAUGAUCCACGCCCAUCUAGCCUGUACGAUCAAACGUACACAGUUGAUUGUCUCGGCAAUGUGGUGGGUGGUCGCCCAGUGCUUUAUAAUAAUCAACCAGUCGAGAAACUACUGCAGCUGGUCGCUGCAAGUUUGAAAGCCGGUGAGGCCGUUUGGUUUGGUUGUGAAGUCAGUAAACGCUUUGCAUCAAAGCAGGGCAUUGAAGAUUUGCAUGUACAUGACUUUAAGUUGGUAUUUGAUGUUGAUAUUCAAACGCCCUUGUCGAAGGCUGAGCGCCUUAUUUUCGGUGAAUCAGCAAUGACACAUGCCAUGUUAUUCACCGCUGUAUCUGUUGAUGAAAAUGGUGAUGUAACAAAAUUGCGCGUUGAAAACUCUUGGGGUGAAGAUCGUGGUGAAAAAGGUUAUCUGGUUAUGACCGCUGAAUGGUUCAAGGAAUUCGGUUUUGAAGUUGUGAUCGACAAAUCAUUUGUGCCGCCUGAAAUUCUGCAAGUUUUCGAUAUGGAACCAAUUGUGCUUCCAGCUUGGGACCCAAUGGGCACCCUAGCUAAAUCUACAUAAACCUGAUAUAAAUACGUAAUACACUUUUUUACAUAUACAUAAAUACAUGCAUACAUAAUAUAUAUUAAAUAGUUUGUGUACAAUCUCCAAACAAUGCGAAAUAAAUAAUUACUGUUUAAAAGGAAAAAUUUAAACGCAAAAA